UUUUCAGCUUCUUAUUCGGACUCUAAAUUUGUCUUGGUAUGAGGAGAAUAAAAUAGAGUAAAUGUAUCUAGCGCUUUUUCUUUUCCAAUUCAGCAUCUGAUCAUCCCAGAAUCCGAUUCCUAUUCUGUAGUUUUUAUUAAGAGCGACGGUCGCUGUCGGAGUCACAAGUCAGAGUCGAAUACGAACCAUGGAUCGGAUCCCGACGUGUUUGGAAUUGAAAGUGAAAAAAGAGGAGCAAACAAAAUGAAAAAAGAAUUGCCACCGUGGGGUUGGGCGGGGCGGGGUGGACCGAAAGGAAAAGGAACAAGAGCCCAACUAGUAACUAAACAAACGUUGGACAGAAUAUGGGAUUGUCCGAUUGUUCUUGUCCCCAUCCAUAAAAAGAAAAGAAAAAUAUCAAAGGAAACGGUUUGAGACGUAAGUGGGUUCCCUCCCACCGAAGGUAGCGGCAGCGCGCAGCCUAUAUAUGCCGAGGGCCGCCCCUCCUCUCUCAUAUACCAAUAUACCAAUAUACGAUACCAGGUCCAUCAGAUCCAGCAGGAAGAAGGAGGAGGAGGAAAGAGAUGGCGCCAAGAACAAACUCACCAGUAUCACAAUCAGAAGCAGCACCGGUCCGUCGCUACCGCAUCGGGUAUGCCUUCGCACCCAAAAAAGAGCAGACCUUCAUCCAGCCCUCUCUCCUCCACCAUGCCUCCCGUUACGGCAUCGAUUUCGUCCCCAUUUCAAUCCCCGUUUCCACCGCUACCGCCAAGACCCUGAUCGAGCAAGGCCCCUUCCAUUGCAUCAUCCACAAGCUCUACGGCCCCCACUGGAACCAACACCUCAAGGAAUACUCGUCAAAGUAUCCACAAACGCUCAUUCUUGACCCGCCCGAGUCCAUCGAGCGCCUCCAUAAUCGGGUCUCCAUGCUCGACGUCGUCACCGCCUUUGAAUCGAAGCCGCGUCAGUCAGGCGACAGAUUCCAAUCGAAGAUCUCGGUGCCCAAACAGGUGCUGGUUGACCAUUACCCGGAAGGUGAAGAAGCAACUAAUUUGUUGGCGGGGUUGGAGUUUCCGGUGAUUGCAAAACCGUUGUUGGCGAAUGGCAGCGCCAAGUCGCACGAGAUGUGUUUGAUUUUUAGCCCCAUGGGGUUGCGCAGUCUUCUGGCCGAUACUGAUAGUCCCAUUUUGCUGCAACAGUUUGUGAACCACGGUGGGGUGGUGUUCAAGGGUUACGCAAUCGGAGAGCACGUCCAGUGCGUCAAGCGGAGGUCGCUGCCGGACAUUUCGGAGGAGCAGGUGACCGCACUGGAAGGAGCGAUGCUUCCUUUUUCACAGAUAUCAAAUUCUGCGAAUGACGAGCAUAAUCUGGCUCAUGAUCCUCACGAAAUGCCUCCGCUGGAGUUUGUUGAGGAGGUGGCGAAGGGGAUACGCGUGGGCCUCAAACUCAACUUUUUCAACUUUGACGUGAUAAGGGAUUCGAAGGACCCCAGCAGCUAUUUUGUGAUCGACAUCAAUUACUUUCCUGGGUAUGCCAAAUUGCCUAACUAUGAGCAUGCCUUGACUGACUUUUUGCUGAAUCUGCUUGCAACAAGUAGUCAUCCCCAAAGCCAAAACCAAAACCAAAAGGAGCUCCUGCAGCUCAAGGAAGAAGCAGCUGCCACCAGUUUGGAGUCCGAUGUCAAACAACACAGGAAGUCAUAA